AUGACAUUCAGAGAUCUGGUCGUUGGAAAUCUGAUUCUUGCAAAUCCUACAUUCGCAUACCAAAGUUUUAAUCUAAUUUUAGAUAUACAGACAAUAUGGUUGGUGGGUUCAUCAAUAAUCAAGCACGCCUUUUUGGAAGCUGUAUUAAGACCAGGUGGUACAAAUUUGACAUUAGAAAGAAAACACAUCUCACUGUGGUGGCAGGGUUAUAGUGGCCUCCAGUUAAGUAAAACUAAACAAAAGAUUAGAACUCUUGGAAAGGUGGGCCCUGUACCUAAUUUCAUCCUUAUGCAUUGUGGGGGGAAUGACUUGGGCAAUGUAUCGAUCAGAAAAAUAAGGGUGGUUGCAAAGCAGUUGGUUUUAUUUCUAAGGAAUCACUUUCGAAACAGUAGGAUUAUAUGGUCAUUUAUACUUCCGCGUCCCCAAUGGCGCUAUUCAGCAAAUUUAAAAGCUAUGGAAAAUGCACGCAAACGGGUUAAUUCUGGUAUAGCUGCAAUUGUCUUGCAAUCUGGGGGCGCAAUAAUUCGCCAUUCAGACAUUAAACCUGAUCCAGCUUUAUUUUUACAGGAUGGGGUACACUUAUCCUCGUUGGGGAAUAACAUUUUUCUAAACUCUCUCCAGGGGGGACUUGAGGCUAUCGUUGCCCAUGGUCAAUCCUGCUUUCCCAAUUAGCAAGGGUCCUGGGUACGGCUGUUCGUAUAUGCCGCUCUACCCCCACCAUGGUGGCGGAGUUCCCUGGAUGAGUUUCAUUCUGAUCCUCAUCUCAGGGAACUUGUGGCGUAUAAGCGGCAUUUUGGUAAUUAUAUUGUAAGCUUUGACCUCUGCACCUCCCAGGGUCAAUGCUUUCUAUAUAUAUAUAUGGUGAACUUUGAACUUUGAUGUUGUGAACUUUGAACUUUUGAUGUUGUAUGAACUUUGACUUACCACUAUAUGAACUUUGACCUUUGGUAAUGACCUUGAUAUAUGAUUUGCUUUGAUGUUGAAUGUUGUUUGUGCAUUUGAUUGGGGCAUGCUCUUGUCUUGGCUGCCCAUUCCCCAUAUGAUAUUGUUUGUUUUGCAUUUGAAACUAAAUAACAGCCGUGCCCAUAAUAUCGCCACACUUUAAUAAAAUUAAUUUCAAGUUAC